AUGAAGCGACGUACAUUUCCGACUGCCACCCCUGUUGAUCCUCGACGAAGUCGACUAGGAUCUUCAACGCGACUUAGCACUCGCACCCAGACCACUCGAAACCCAGUAAAGAAGACAACUAAGAAGCGUCCGUCGAGAGAUGUUGCUUCAUCCAUCUUGGGUUUAAAGAAAACCGAACCAUCUUCACACAGCAGAACAAACUGGAGCAGUGAUGAAAGUAACGCACUCGACCACAUAGCAGAGUGCCAAUGUCUUCGUGAGCAAUUGGAGAGAGUACUGAUAGAUCACCAGAGACAAGAAGAAGAAAUUGUAGCCCUGCGAGCACUUGCGAAGUCCUUGGCAGAAGAAGUGGAGGCCAUUCAUCAGCGACAACAACUUCGAAGUUCUAUGUGUAGCAGUGACAACAUAGUACACAGGGAAGAUCAGCACUUUGAUAUCUUCAAGUUGAAUGUUCAGGUGGAAGAGCUUCAGGGAGAAAAUACGGAGCUGCGCCGUCAACUUGCGCACUCUACAGAGGAGCUCAAAUCGUCUCGUGCGUGUAUAGCAGAGAAACUACCAGUUUACAAACUCGCUGCAGUCAAGGCGAAUGCAGAACUACGUUGUGUGAAAAGCCAACUGCAGAAAGAGCGAGCCCACUCGGAUCUUCUCCAGAAACAACUAGUGCGGUGCAAGGCAAGACAAGACGAUGUUCCUGUUCGAGUAGCACUAGUGCGUGGCAAUAAUCAGGAAGAGGAUGAUGAAGAUCCGCAAGAGAGUGAGGUCGUCCGGCGUGAGCGAGAAGAAUUCCUUCGACAAUGUAUGUGUCGUCAAGACAGUAGAGCAUCAAUCUCACCAGAACGAAAGCAAAGCAAAAAGAAACCUAGCGAAGCAGACGACUCCGAGUUCUCAGUGGAGCUCGACAAGCCAAACAACGAAUAUCUACAGGAUUAA